AUGUGCAGUCUUUUGUUUCUUCUAUUCCUGCUCUUGCCGCUUGCUGCACAGUCAGCCAAUAUAUUGGGACUUUUCACUGCGACCAGUCCUUCGCAUCUGAUCAUACAUGUGGAAAUGAUGAGGACUUUGGCAGAACGUGGACACAAUGUGACGAUCUUGACAAUGGUGCCACCACCCACACCUGUACCGCAUGGUAUUCAGCAUCUGCUCGUCCCUAUGAAGGACGCGUAUAAGGAUGAACUACGAGCGGCAAUGGAUCAGCUGUCGAAGCAGAAAUACUAUCCAAUUAGUUUCUUUCGUAUAUACGGGGUGGUCGCACUGCUUGCUCGCAUACAGGAGGACAUUUUGAAUGAUGCCCGUUUCAGAGAUUUGUAUGAAAAUCCACAUAAUAAGUUCGACCUUAUGUUUCUCGGCUAUUACUUAAAUCUGGCGCAGUUGGGCGUGGCUGCUAAAUUCAAUUGCCCCGUUAUUAUGAACUGGGUGGGUGGACCGAUCGCUCAAAUAGAUAGUCUGAGUGGCAAUCCCAGCGAAAUAAGUUAUGUACCAUCCUCAUACGAUCCCAUACAACCUGGCGAGGUAAUGGGUUUUUCUAAGCGUUUGCAUACAUUUCUGAAACAUUGGUACAAUUCUUUUUUGGAACGCAUUGUGGAAGCCAAAAUGAAGCAACAAUACAACCGCAUCUUUAGAAAUGAAACAGACUUUCCAUGUUUUUCGUGUGCUAAGAGACGGAUUAGCUUGUUUUUUUCCAACUACCACUCCCCCAGUGAAGGACCUAUACGGCCGCUAGUGCCAGCCUAUAUAGAAGUGGGUGGACUGCAGAUCAAGGAGCAGCCAGGCGAGCUGCCACUGGACUUGGCAAAUUUUCUGAACACAGCUGAAAACGGAGUCAUUCUGUUUAGUUUGGGAACCAAUUUCAAAAACAGCUUUAUGACACCCAAAACAGUGCGCACGCUUUACGAAGCCUUCUCCCAGCUCAAGCAGCGCGUCAUUUGGAAGUGGGAGAACCUAGAUAGUACACCCGGCAAUGCGUCCAAUAUACUCUAUAAGAAAUGGCUGCCGCAAAGCGAUAUCUUGGCACAUCCCAAGCUGAAGUUGUUCAUCACACAUGCGGGCAAGGGCGGCAUUGCGGAGGCUCAAUAUCAUGGAGUCCCUAUGCUGGCUUUUCCCAUUUUCGGCGAUCAACCCGGCAAUGCUGCCAAUAUGGUGAGGUCCGGCUUCGGUCUAUCCUUGCAUUUGCAGGAGUUAAACGCAAUAGAGCUACAAAAUACUUUAAAGGAGCUGUUGGAGAACAAUAAAUACGAAAGAGCGGUCAAGCAGUAUUCGAAAAUCUAUCGUGAUAGACCCAUGACUGCCAGGCAAUUGGUUGUUUACUGGACCGAGUAUGUCUUAAGACAUAAAGGUGCCUAUCAUCUACAAAGUCCUUGGCUGCGUAUGAGCUUUGUUGAGCGUAAUAAUUUGGAUGUGUUGGCAUUAAUCAUCGUCCUUCUUUGCAGCUUAAUGUGGAUCAUUAAGAAAUUAGUAUUAUUUAUAAGAGUUACUUUAAAGAAGCCAACGAAAAAAUGUAAGACAAAUUAA